AUGAAAUUAUUUCGUCGUAAAGAGAAUAAUAUCUUACAAAAACUUCUUCUUCCUGAAAUUAUAGAAAUUAAUAAAAUAAGACAAGCAGUAUUUCAAUAUGGUAUUAACGGAGAAAAUGAAGAAGAAUCAAGAUCCAUCGUAUGGAAAUUAUUACUAAAUGUCUAUUCAUGCCAAAAACACACCUGGGAAGAAACUGACAAUUUGCUACACAAAGAUUAUCUCACUUUUCUUAAAGAUUUCUUUCCAAGCCAAAAGAUUAAUGUUACUGAUGAAACAACUGAUGCUGAUCAAUUGUUGUUAUAUGAAAUUGAUAAGGAUGUUAAAAGAUUAUUUCCUAAAUCUCCAUUCUUCUUAGAAGAAAAAAAUAGAGAAUGUAUUAGACAUAUUCUUUACGUACAGACUAAAUUCAAUAAAACAUAUCCAUAUGUCCAAGGAAUGAAUGAUAUUGCUGGCGUAUUAUUUUAUGUUUUUGCACAAUCAACUUCAAGAGCAAGAGCAGAAUCAACUACUUAUUAUUGUUUUGCUUAUUUAAUGACUAAAAUAAGUGAUUGGUAUUCACCAAAACUUGAUUGGACGUCAAGAGGUAUUCAUGCACAAUUAGCACGAAUAGAUGCUGUUUUAGCAAUGAAAGAACCAGAACUUUAUGAACAUUUAGUAUUAUUAAAUAUCACAAAUACAUUAUAUUCAUUUAGGUGGGUAACAUUAUUAUUUGCACAAGAAUUUCCAAUAGAAAGUGUUUUAUUAGUAUGGGAUUGUAUUUUAGUAGAUCCUACAGGUGAUUUUAUAUGUUGUUUGUGUGUAUCAAUGUUAGUAGAAAUCAAGAAACAACUACUUAAUGGAGAUUUUUCUUAUUGCUUAAAAACAUUACAGAAAUAUCCAUCAUCUGCUAAUGUACAUAAUAUUAUUAAAAGAGCUCGUUCUUUUUAUACUGAAAGAACAUCUUUUCCACCUUUAGUAGAACCUACAACAGUUUGA